GUGACGUCACAGAUAGAGCCCGCCCCCAGCCGCCCAGGACUCCUGUUAUAGCCGCUGCUCGCUAGGGCCCCGGAAGCUGCCCCUCUCGGGGGUCAUGAUGGGCAGCAAGAUGGCGUCUGCCAGCAGGGUCGUUCAGGUAGUCAAGCCACAUACUCCAUUAAUAAGGUUCCCUGACAGAAGAGACAAUCCUAAACCCCAUGUGUCAGAAGUUCUGAGAUCAGCAGGACUACCAUCUCACUCUUCUUCAAUUUCACAGCAUUCUAAGGGAAGUAAAUCGCCAGACUGGCUGAUGCAUCAGGGCCCACCAGACACUGCAGAGAUAAUAAAAACUUUACCUCAGAAGUACAGAAGGAAACCUGUAUCUCAAGAAGAAAUUGAAUUUAUCCAACGUGGAGGUCCAGAAUAAUCCCUGACAAUGUGGCUGCUGUUUGUUUAAUCAGACAAAGAAGAGUCUUUACAAUGAAGGACUUCCAGAAUGACAAAUGAGAAAUUGUACAUUAAACAACUUUAAUAAAAUUUCUGUAAAAAAAAAAAAAAAAGAAGUAUAGAAAAUUUAGAUGGACACUUGUAUCUCCUAAUUUAUGUAUCUUGGUCAGCUUCUCCACAAGCUUACCUGAUUGUUUAUAUACUUUAUACUUAUUAAAGUAUACAUUUUUAAAUGUUAGCCUAUUAAUUUACUCAAAUAAUCAAAUUAUCAAGCAUUACAGUGCUGAACUAUUAAAAGUACACAAUGUCCAGUGAACAAUCAUAGGUUUACCAUAAUUUCACUUCUCUUUCAGUUUCUGUUUAAACGUGGAAAGAAUAUAUCCGGCAGAAUUGCAGCUUUCUGGAAAUAAUUUUCCUGGAAUUGGAUAAGGAUCAGUGAAAUAAUGACUCCAUUAUUUGUUUUUCAUUCUCUCAGUGUUUUUGCAUUCACAAAGUGACUGGAGAAUAACUGGCUCAAUAAGCGUAUCGUACUCUAAACAAUAAAAAUACAGCCAUGGUAAAACA